CCUAUAAAGGCUGAAGCUCCAGCAGGCAGGAGAGCUUGGCGGAUACCCCGGCAGACGGGGCAGCGGGCACCGGCUCCGGGACUGGGUCCAGCAGGCUUUGGUGACCCCACCAUCCCUCCAGGUGCUCAGGGAAGAGGACCACACUACGCCAUGAACCCUUUGCUCCUGGCCUGCCUGGUGGCUUGCUUUGUGGGGGCCUGGGCCCCUGUUGUCCACUCCCAAGGCCCCUCCGAAGACUGCUGCCUGGCCUACCACCCCCACGCUCGGUGGGCUGUGCUCCGGCAUGCCCAGGGCUACACACGCCAGGAGGUGAGCGGGAGCUGCAACCUGCCUGCUGUGAUUUUCUUCUUCCCCCGGAGACAUAAGAUGGUGUGCGGGAAUCCACAGGACAUGUGGGUGCGGAAUGGGAUGAGGCGCCUGGAUGCACGGAGCAAGAUCUCCUCAAAGGUCCCCAAGAACAGCUGGAAGACCUUGCAGGGCUCUCACUUGGGGCAGAAGAAGUUGACUUCUGAAACCUCCAGGCUUCCAUUCUUCAAGUAUAAUGGCCCCAGCAAAAGCAGCAAGAGGAACUCCUCCCUUCUGCCUUAGCUAAUCCAGGACUAUGACCCCCGCCAUCUCCUGAACCAGUGAGCACAAGAGGCACAGAACUUUCUCUGGCACGAGCAACGCCCUGUGGUCCUGGUUGUCCCAGUCCCUCCCCAUCCUUCAAGGCCAAAUCUCAAUCCCAGCACCUGCGUAGUUCCUGUCCUCUACCCUGCCACCUCCUGCCCCGUGGGUGGCUAGAAGAAGGGACCUGCCCUGGUUUGAAGCUCCUCCCCUGAUCCAGGGACCAGAGUUGCCUCUGGGGAAUGGAUUUUAUAGAGAAGACUCCUGAGUCACCCCCCAGCAGCCUCAGCUACCCACCCUGGACCACAGCUGCCCGCAUCCCUCUGGGUCCUUAAAAAUCUCCCGUUUGUACAAGGACCCCCUCCCAGGCUGUGCU